AUGCCCAAGUGCGAGCACGUGUCUGCACAAAUUCAAAAUAACCGCCACACUUCCUGUAAUGGAAAAGUCCACGACAGGAAGAGUUACCCACAGGCAAAGACUUCCGAAGGUUCUCCGAGCAGCCCCAGGUGGGCUCGUGCUGCCCUUCUCCGGCGCCCAGUGGCAGCUGUUCCCGAGGUCUGGUGUGAGCGCGGCCUCGGGAAGGGAACCGUGGUGGGCAGGGUGCUCAGGACACGGUCUCCUCAGGGCCCCUUGCCAGGGCCCCGGCCCGGCCGCGCGGACCCUCAGCGGCGGGGCCACUUUAAGGGCGGCCCGGGCGUGCGCGGCCCCAGCUGCGGCCUGGAGCCAUUAGCGCGGCGAGCGGGCUCUGGAAGCCGCGCCUGCGACCUCCUCCGGCUGGGAGGCCGCCCCGGGACCCGCACGUGCGCAGCGGGCCAUGGCGGCCUCAAUUACCGGCCAGGAGCUCGGCCGCACCUCGGGCCAGGUAAGGGGCGGAGGCGAAGGAGGAAGGAGAGGCAGCUGCGUUUACGGCCGCACGGGCGGCCCCGGGGAUCCUGGGCCCUCACAGCCGGCCGGGGAGCCUCCAGCGGGGCCCGCGAGGCAGCGGCGGGGAGGGCCGAGCCUGGGGCGCGAGGCCACCUUCGCCGGGGCCCAGGGCUGGGGCGCGCGGCCCCGGCUUCCGAGGUGCCGCCCGGCCUCAGCGCCUCGGGGGCAAAAAUAGACCUCUUAUUGGUUGGAGAUGUCACUGUUCCCUACCUGGCGAAUGCGGUGCAGGAAGUCUUCUCAAAUAUAGAAGUCACCGUCACUACGAGUGAUGUGAAGAAGGCGGCGGUGCUUCUAGAUGACUGCAUAUUCCACAUGGUUUUCCUGAAGAUGACUUCUCUCAGUGCUGAGGAGCUGGAAGCUGUCAAGUUAAUUAGAUUUGGCAAGAAGAAAAACAUACAUUUGCUGUUUGUUUUUAUAAUCCCUGAAAAUUUUAAAGGUUGUAUUUCAGGGCAUGGAGCUGACAUUAUUUUGACUGAACCCCUGACAGUAGAAAAAAUGACUAUUGUGGCAAAAUACUGGAAAACAUAUUUUUCAAAUACAGUUAAAAAGGAAAAUACUAUAAGCAUUGAAGAACCUGGAUUGCUCCUACAGAGGUCUUGCAGUGAACCCCUGGAAUAUUUUUCUACUGAUCUAUUUGCCUGCCCUGAAUCUCUGAGAAAUGACAAUGGGCUUGAAUUAAAUCCCCCAUUGUCAGAGUCUGAGAAAAGCAAAAAGAUUUCUCUUCUUCAUUCAAGCAAAGAAAAACUGAGAAGAGAAAGAAUCAAGUAUUGCUGUGAGCAGCUGCGCAUUCUCUUGCCGUAUGUGAAGGGGCGGAAGAAUGACUCGGCUUCCGUCCUUGAGGCCACAGUUGACUAUGUGAAAUGUGUCCGGGAGAAAAUCCCUGUAGCUGUUAUGGACCAGAUUACAGAAGCACUUCGGAGCAAUAGGAGGUUUUGUAAGAAACAGCAAAUGCCCAUCCAGUUGCCUCUCCCAGGUGCCGUCGGGGCACAGAGGGAAAACAAUGUGUUGACAAGCACUUACUCACCUGUGAGAGGGAUCCAGUUCCUGGCUAACAAGUGCUUUAAUGUGUAUUCUGUUCCUGCUGCAGGGGGCUCCCUGGAUGAGGCCGUGAGAGGUCAGUCAGCCUCCACUUCAGAGAAUACUGUUGGUGAUCUGUAUAAAACGCGAACUUCCAGCACAGCCCUCUCUCUGAACUCCUUCCGUGCUGUCACGUAUUAUUCUAAAGUUAUUCCUUCCUAUGAUGCAGCUACCAUAACAAAUCAGAACAUUUCGAUUCAUUUACCUUCAGCUGUGCCCAAAGUCUCAAAGUUUCUUCCCCAUCACUGCAAUUCUGUGUUGGGCCAGACACGCACAACUCAUCCCAACUGUCUGCAACAGUUUUGGGCAUAUUAA